AUGCUAGAAUAAUCAUUCGGAAGUCGCCAUCACUAGUAUCUCCAAGAUUGAGGCUUAUUGGAGCACCAAAAGAUUAUAGGCCCAUUGCAGUGGAGAAAUAGGGCUCCAAUAUUCCGGCCCAUAUGAAAAAGAAAGUGUGAAAAAUUUAAAAAUGGGAGUAAUGCCGGUGAUACUGGUGCUGAUGGGUGAAGUGAGCUUUGAAAAUGGCGGACACGAAAUCGAGCGGUGAGUUAUCGAGAUUUCUGGAUUCUGGUGUUUAUCGAUUCUCGAAUUCGAAUGCUGUUUUCCUGGAUCCUGUUGGUGUGCUCAACCGAUCCUACACUCGAUUUAGGGUUUCUCCUUCUGCCUACUACUCUCGUUCCUUCCAACCCAAACGCCUGGCGGCAGAAUCCGCCGUCGCCUCCGAUUCCAGGAAGAGGAAACGGAAACCGAAGAAGCCUCAGUCUCUCAAUGUAAGAGAACUCGCCGCCGAUCAACGCCACCAGGAGGCCAGACCUUGGCUGUUAAAAGCGCACGAGUCUUUACUUGGAGCUGCCGAUCUUUUAUCAAUUUUGAGUAAAUUAAGGAGUUGUUCUUGUUCAUCAAUGGAAAGUAGUGACGAAUCGUGUUCCGUUGUCGAAGAUUCGUUUGUUGAGCUUGGAAAGCUUUGGCAGGCUCCUCUUUAUGAAAUAACUCUCAAUUUUAAUCAGCAUAAUGACUCAAGCGGUCAUGGAGGUUUGUUGAACAAUAAUCAAAGCAGCGAGAAGAGAGAGAUUCCGAUAUUCAAUAACUUGGUUGUUAAUGAGACAUGUGAUGAUGUAGAGGCUGAGUUUCUGAAUAGGCAUUAUGUUUUACCUGGACAAAGUUCCUUCUAUAUGUCUGAUCUGGGACAGAUUCACAACCUCAUUCCUGUGGAGUCUGAUUGUGGGUUCAACCUUAUAGUCAUUGAUCCACCAUGGGAAAAUGGGAGUGCUCGUCAGAAAUCAGCGUAUCCAACUUUGCCAAACCGGUACUUCUUAUCCCUUCCCAUUAAGAAACUUAUCCACACAGAUGGUGCACUUGUAGCCUUAUGGGUAACAAAUAGAGAGAAGUUGCGUAAGUUUGUUGAGGAAGAGCUAUUCCCUGCAUGGGGGGUGAGAUAUUUGGCUACCUUUUACUGGUUGAAGGUAAAAGUAGACGGGUCUCUGAUUAGUGAUUUGGACCUUUUUCAUCAUAGACCAUAUGAGUGCCUUCUUUUGGGAUACUGCAGUGGCAAGAUAAAAAGAUAUGAACACGUUGCAGAAUUCACACCCAUAAAAGACAAUCAAGUCAUCAUAAGCAUUCCAGGAGAUUACUCAAGGAAGCCCCCAAUUGGAGAAUUGCUGCUGGAUUUUGUCCCAGGGGUUAAACCUGCUCGAUGUGUUGAACUAUUUGCCAGAGAAAUGAUAGCUGGAUGGGUUUCCUGGGGUAAUGAACCCCUUCACUUUCAGGACACAAGAUAUUUUCUGAGAGAUGAACCUGUUAAUCGAAUCAGGUGAAGGCUAUCCUGUUCAAGCUUCCAUUUGGGACCAUAUCCCAAUCUUCUUUGUGGUCAGAAAAUUAUACUUCACGAAAUCUGCAAUUACCUUCCAUGCUAAAAUGCUGCAAAACAUGAAUAUGCUCAGCGUUGCGCCUGCCACGAAACUGUUGCAAAGCUCUGCCUCUGGUUGGUAUAGAUUUUGCUCCAGGAAACUGGACUACAGGAUUAGGCCUUUUUUUUUGGGCAGCAACAGGACUGUAACAAGUGAUGGUAUAAUAUUUAAUCAAUUUAACUCUGACAA